AUGAAGAUCGACCAAGAGCUCAGGUUCAUUGUCGUUGAAAAGCAGGCCAGCUCUUUGUACUCGCUGAUCGCUGAUGGGAUAUAUCGAGCCACCUUACCGGGUCGUGACAAGUGGAAGAAGCUGAUCGGUUCACGGGCCUCUUUACAGCUUAACUGUAACAUGGAAGGUUUCAAUGUAAAAGCCUCCAACCUGGGUUACUCCAAGGCUAGAAUUGGUAUUGUAACCAACGACGAAAGUGAUUGCGUCUCGUGCAACUCAAGGAUCAGAUUUGGCACAGGAGGGAGACCUGGCUACUCAAAUACCUGCGGUAUUGAGGCGAGUGUGAAAGGACCAGACAAUG